AUGUUUCCACUGUCAGGCUUGCCCAGAUGCGUCGCUCUCCGCUCAAAGAAUGACAACAGCUACCUGCGCUCGGUUCACGAUGAGAGGCAAGGUGGCAGCUUCGUCGAGCUAAGGGCCGGCGACGGAGGCCUCAUGAACCCGCGCUCCAGGUUCUACCUGGAGGCGUCCAAGGAACACAAUGGGCUCGUGCACAUCAGAUGCUGCUACAACAACAAGUACUGGGUGCCGCAGCAACGCGUGCUUCACGGCAGCACUCGCUGGACCAUUGGCACCGCAAAUGAGCUCGAGGAGGACCUCUCCAAGCCUUCAUGCACCCUGUUUAAGCACAUCCCAGUCGCCGGCGAAGACGGCUCCACCUGCAGGUUCCUCCAUUCCCAUCUACGAAAAUAUGUUGGCGUGUUAUCCAGUUCUGAUUUGUCCAAACGUCCUUACUUGCAUAUAACACAUGAAGAAUCUAAUCAAGAUAAUCUCAUUCAAGCCUUUGCCGUCCUUGAGGUGUCCGACCAGAAGCAGCUGCCUGAACAUGUCGCUUUCAAAGGCAGCAAUGGGCAGUUCCUUGGCGGAAAGAGCAUCGAGGGUUAUAAUUAUCUUGAAUGUUCACAAGAUGAUAUUGGAGAUAAAAGUGUGCUUCAAAUCAUUUCCACAGAUGAGAAUGGAGUUGUCCGUAUAAAAUCCAACGAUUUUGGGAGGUUUUGGAGGCUCAGCCCGGGCUGGAUCUGGGCUGAUUCAGAUGGCAGUGACACCAGCAGCACCAACACUGACAUAUUAUUCAAGGUGACCACUGGGUCCAACUUCAUUGCACUCAAAAACUUGGGCAACAACAAGUUCUGUAAACUCUUAACCGCGGAGGGGAAAGUAGGUUGCCUCAAUGCUUGUGUUGAUUCCAUCACAGAGGAAACAAAACUCCAGUGCUAUGAACCAGUUAUUACUCGAGACAUCUAUGAAGUUAAUUUUCACCUGCAUGAUGCUAAGAUCUAUACCAGGGGUAUUAAGGGUCUUGAGGAUCAAACUGUUGAAAAUACUACUACUUCAACAGAAAAAACUGAAGUAAGCUUCACAUACUUAAAUACAGUGGAGAGUACCUGGAGCUCUACUGUUUCAACAAAGAUGGCCAUGAGUAUCAAUUUUACAGCGGGUAUUCCAGAAGUACUUGCUGGACAAAUUGAGGUGAGCAGUGAAUUUUCUGGAUCAUAUACCUGGGGAGCAACCGAUUCUAAAACAGAGCAAGUUAACAAAGGAGUUUCCGUUGAAGUUCCUCCAAUGAAGAAAGUGACAGUAAGCACGAUUGCAUCAGACGGUUUCUGUAAUAUUCCUUUCUCAUACAAGCAGAUGGACACUCUAUACAAUGGGGAAAAAGUUAUCCGGAAAUUCAACGAUGGCAUGUAUUUUGGUGUUAAAACCUCCAGUAUCGUGUUCCAUGUAGAAGAGAAAAACCUGUGAGGACUGAAGAGCUUGCAUGGGCCGUGACCGUGAGGGGUGAAAGCUACAUCAUAGUAUGUACUACCUAAAUAAAGAUGUAGUGAACAUGCAUAUAUGCAUGGGUCGUGGACGUUCACAAUCGAUCAGACUUGGUUUAUGUUUUUAUUUCCUUCCUAUGUGUUUGGAAUUAGAGGGUGUGCCUAUGAGCACAGACCUAGUGGUGUGGGUGUCUUUGAUGACCCUGGGUUCAGUUUGUAUUUGGUUUGACGAAACACCCAAUAUUAUUAUAAGUAGUUGUUGUGUGGUUUGCAA